AACUCAGUCGGCGAAAUUAUUUUCACUUUAAAUCUCAAGCUGAUUAGACGUGUGCUCGCAAUGAGAGUUUUUCUUUUAACACUCGCCUUGCUGGCUUGUACCGUGGCAUGGAGCACGGCUUCGGGGUUGGAACGCAAUUUAGUGUGCUUUUACGAUUCAAAUGGCGUCACUCGUGCAGGUCCAGCACAGUUUAGCACCGCUGACUUGGAAAUAGCUUUGCAAUUUUGCACACACGUCAUUUACGGCUAUGUUGGAAUCAAUUCCGACACUUUCCAGUUAAUGAGCCUGAACGAAAAUUUGGAUAUACAACGACGUCACUUCGCCACCAUCACUGCACUCAAAGAGAAAUUCCCAUAUACUAAAUUCCUGCUCAGUGUAGGCGGUGAUCGCGAUGCAGGUGGUCAUGAGAAGUAUAUUAGUCUCUUGGAAGCAGGUCGGCAGAAACAGACAGCUUUUAUAGAGUCAGCACGAGACUUUCUGCGCAGCUAUAACUUCGACGGUCUCGACUUGGCUUUCCAGCUGCCACGCAACAAACCAAGGAAGGUACACUCCGAUGUCGGUGCGGCGUGGAAGAGUUUCAAAAAGUUCUUCACUGGUGAUUUCAUCGUUGAUGAGAAGGCGGAUGAGCACAAGGAGGAGUUCACUGAUUUAGUUAGAGAUCUGAAGAAUACGCUGCGUGUGGAUAAUUAUUUGUUAUCGCUCACUGUCUUGCCGAACGUCAACUCGAGUUGGUACUUCAAUGCACCGGCUAUCGCCGAUAGCUUGGAUCUCAUAAAUCUGGCCACCUUUGAUUUCCUUACACCCGAACGUAAUCCCGAAGAGGCUGACUUUAGUGCACCACUUUACGAACUGCACGAUCAAAAUCGUCUGCCACACUAUAAUAUCAAUUACCAAGUGGAGAACUGGUUGUUGCAACGUGUGCCCGCCAGCAAACUGCACGUGGGUGUUGCCGCUUAUGGACGUGCUUGGAAAAUGACUAAAGAUUCUGGUACAACAGGCUUACCAAUCGUACGCGAUACAGAUGGCGCUGCACCUGCUGGUCCACUAACCAAAACACCAGGUCUGCUUAACUGGUUGGAGGUGUGUCAACGUCUACCGAACCCUUCGAAUGUCAAUGCAAAGGGUGCUGAUGCUCCACUGCGUCGCAUUAGUGAUCCCACUAAACGUUACGGCACUUACGCUUUCCACACCGCUGACGAGGAUGGUUCCAAUGGUGUGUGGGUGAGCUACGAAGAUCCCGAUACGGCUGCCAGUAAGGCUGGUUAUGUGAAGGCAAAGAAUUUGGGUGGUGUUGCCUUGUUCGAUCUCACUUUGGACGACUUCCGUGGUCAGUGCACCGGUGAUAAGUUCCCCAUGCUGAGAGCUAUCAAAUACAGGUUACUUUAAAUGUUUGAAGGAAAGUAGAGAUACUAGGAGCUUGCUGAGCUCUAUAUGUAUAUGAUAAAUGUAUUUUUAGUUUAGAAGAGUCAUACCCAAAGCUUUCGAGAUUGUUGAAUUAAAUUGUAAAACUGGUUGUGCUAAAUAAUAUUUGUUGAUAUGUGUUACCGCUUUCGGGUUUCAUUAAGUAAGUUUAAAGUUAUUUUGAGAGUUAAUAAAUUUUAUGUUAUUUCAUUA